AAUGCAAGAGCGGAGAAGCAGCGACAUGCCCGUGCGACAUCAUCCAAUGCAAACCUUAGAAACAUGGCAUCCCCUGCUAGACUUAUCAAGCUAUAUAGAUACAUUUUUGAGGAUCAGCGCAAGAUGAUUGCUAAAUUCAAAUUUGAUGGCUUGUUGAAGAUUGCGUGCACCACAAUGCCAGUGGACUUCGCCAAUUGGCUGAUGUCGGAGUGCUUUGAUCCGGAAUCAUCAGAACUAGUUCUUCUCGGGAGGGGUAGGAUUUUAGUGACACCAAAGGCUGUGGCCAAUAUCCUAAACUUGUCAGACAAAGGUGACGAGGUCAAAUAUGAGUUGGAUGUGGAUGCAAUCAACUUCAUCUACAGCAAGUAUGGAAUUAUCCAAGGGCAAGCACCUAGGAUUGAAGAAAUAAUGGAAAGGAUCAAACAAAACAAGCGCGUAGAUGAGGAUUUUCUGAGAUCAUGGAUGAUGAUUGCAGUGUCAACCUUUUUGUGCCCGCCCACUAGUUUGGGAAUAAGCCCCAGAUGUUAUCCAGCACUUCUUGACCUUACACGCGUGAACAAGCUAAACUGGUGUCAAUUUGUUGUUGACCAGCUCAAGGAGGCAGUCACAAAAAUGAACAAACAAAAUUCUGUGAGGGGUUGUAUCUUACUACUUGUUAUCCUGUAUGUAGAUUCAUUAGAUGUUGGUAAUGUGCAAAUCCCUACAACCAAGCCCAGGAUUGCAGCAUGGUCAAGGAAACUUUUGGACCAGGUAAUCAAGCUCGAUACAAACCGUGAUGGAUCAUUUGGCAAGCUAAAGCUAAAAUUAUCAGGGAGUUCGGUGGCCCAAGUUUCAUUUUCCUAGAUGGAUGAUGUAAACAGAUUUGUAGCAUUAAAGACGCCCCCCACACGGCUACUGAGAAGAAGAGAAAAAUCGCCAAUGCUGUGAGUAAAGUUCUGACUGGGGUAUCAGAGUUGCUUGGCACCUUCAUACAAGAUAUGACUGAUGCUGAAGACUCUCCCAAGCCAGAAUUGAGAAGAUCAAAGCGUAGUAAAACUGCACAGCAAUCUGAAAACGAUGGCGAAGAAGACAUAGACGAAGACCCAGAUUAUGAUGAUGGAGAGGAGUGGAUUAGCAGCAGCGAGGAUGGUUUUGAUGAGGAUUUUGAGAGUGAAGACAAUCAAGAUGAA